AAGAAACAUACUUUUCGGCUUUGUUGGAUUAUGAUACUACACAUGUAAUCGCUACUAAAGGCGAAGAAUCAAGCUGUGUUCUGUUCUCGUCUCGAAUAAUGACUCGCAGAUUAAAGAAGAAGAGGAAAAUUUAAGGCAACCCGGGUGUUUGUGUUUCUUAGAAGCUGUUGGAAACUGCACCUCUGUGAAUUUGAUACUUUUUCAAGGCUAAUUCCUACUAUCAACCAUGUCUUUUAAUUUUGGAGGUGGGUCUGGUGGUUUUGGGGCAACUCCAAUAACAACAACUUCAGCUGGCAGUAUUGGAUUCAACUUUACAUCUACCUCCACUGCAGCUGGGAGUGGUUUCACUUUUGCUCCCCCUUCAACUGCACAGUCAUUGACUACGGGAUCUGGCUUUUCUUUCCCCAAACCUGCUGCAACUUCCAUGAGUUUUAGUUUUCCUACUGCAAAUACUGCUACCACUCAGAGCGCUACUACCACACCAGCCAGUAGCUCAACUUUUAAUCUAGCUUCAUCCACUGCUGUAGGGACAGGAACAGGUUUUACAUUAUCUACAUCAACUAGUGCAACCCCAACACUUUUUUCAUUGCCACCCAAGCCUGCAGUUGGUGUAGCUGCAAUAACCACCGUUUCUCAAGGUAAGAUAUGGUCAACAAGAAUAAUUAGUUGAUGUUACCUUCUCUUU